AUGGACGCGAUCGCUGUCCAGCGCCAGAUCCGCGAGAACGCGUCGACGCUGCAAAACUACUACAGCGACCUCAAGGACUGGGAGGCGACGAUCGCCAAGAAGGAGCAGGCGCGCUCGACCUCGACCAAGAAGCCGCCACGCGUGCGCAAUGCGGUCGCGGUCCCUGUCCGUGGCUCGGCCGGCUCCGUCUCGAUCCAGCACCCGAUCAACGACGUGCACACGCCUGCACACGAGCCUGUGGCCAAAGCCGCGCCGGCGAGCCACGUCUACGACACGGGCUACAAGAAGUGGGACGCCUUCGACGUGAGGCCUCAUGGUCCGUCUACAGGCGCGCAAGAAGGUGGUCGUGACCAAGGCUGCGCCGCCGACGCCGACAAUCUCGCGGGAAGAGCUCGAAAAAGCGAUGGCAACAUGCACUUUAAAGCCGGCGAGUACGUUGCGGCGGUCGCUUGCUACACGCGGUCGCUGGGCUUCAACCCACGCAACCACAUUGUGCUCUCGAACCGUGCCAUGGCGCACCUCAAGCUCAAAGAGUACAUCAAGGCCGAGCAGGACGCGACGCUCGCUCUGCAGUACGAUAGCCGCCACGUCAAGUCGCUCUCUCGCCGGGCCACAGCGCGCAACGCGCUGGGAAAGCACCGGCUCGCGCUCUGUGAUGCCGAAGCCGCGCUGGCACUGGAGCCGACCAACAAGACGAUUGCGCUCCAGCUCAAGACGACACGCGAGGCGCUCAAGACCGCUGUGAAGCGAACACCAUCAACAAGCAUCCCGGUCACCGUCACAGUGGCACCUACAGUCGCUCCUACCGUCGCUGUAGCCGAGCCACCGGCCGUCUCCACCAACGAGGCACCGACCGCUCCCACUGACAAACUUCCAUUGCCGGUUGCUGCGCCGCCGUCCACAAAACUCACGCGGCCCAAGAUCAAGGUGCUUGUACCGACGAAAGCACCGACGACCUCGUACGAGUUUCAACGCGUGUGGAAGUCGUUCCAACACGCCGACGAGAUGCAGCAGCUGCGACGAACGUACCUUGGCCGGCUCCAGGUCGCGUUGCUGCCCAAGCUCUUUAAAGAUGCGAUCGAGCCGGAUCUGCUGCUCGAGAUCCUCGACGCACUCUCGGUCGAGAUGGACGCCAACGCUGUGGCGCUGCUGAUGCACUUGGCGCGCGUCCCGCGCUUCGACAUGGUCGUCCGUUUCUUCAGCGGUGACGAGCGCCAACACGUGGCUUCCGUCCUCGCGCAAGCCAGCGCCGUCGAGGGAUGCGAUGCGGCGGCGCUCAAGGCCGCUUAUGGCGUGUAA